CCAGAGCACGUGUCCGGCAUUUCCAUUGUCAGAAUUCAAAGACUGAACUGAAGUAAAUAAUCUUCUCUCUCCAAACACUAUCUACUUAAUUAAAUAUUCCGUUGGCCGAUGAUGGACAGAGACGAGUACCUGACGAACCCAAACACCAAUGCGGAGAUUUAUCGGAAUAUGACACCUGGAGAUCGAGGGCCAGUGCCUGACAAACAUCUGCAGUUCAUUGCAGUUUACAAUGACGAAAAGGCAAUUCUUGGGGGCGGCAACCUGACAGAUCGCUACUGGAACGGGACGGUUUGGUAUUUUGACGAGACUGAAGUGCUCGACAGGAACAAGAGCUUCACUGCAACACGAACAUCGAGCACUGUGAGUGAUGCUGCCUUCAUCGAGGGGGAUAAAUUCAUUUUAGCUGAGGAUGGGGGCAUCGUUCAGAUGCUCAACGUCGUCAAGCCUCCUGAGACCUGGACUGUGGGAUUGCAGAGCAUUGGGCACACUUGUCAACAUGAUGACAGUGUCACCUCACUCGCUGUUUUUGAGAGCAAGAGCCAUUUUGUCAGUGGAGGGAUGGAUCGUUGUCUGAAAGUCUGGGAAACAUCAACAAUGCUGGCUGAACACUCGUACCAAACAGCUCACAUAGCGAUAAUAACCAGUGUUGAUGUCCUCUCCAAGAGCGACACAGUCUUCGUGUCAACUUCCUUAGACUCUGAAGCUGUUAUCUGGGAUGUGAGAACACCUAAACCCGCUCGGAGACUGUACAAAAUUGAUGAUGGAGUUGGUUUGACAGCAGUUGUCUGCAAUCCUGUGAACGAACAUGAAGUUGCGAUGGGAGGGCAGGAUGGCUAUGUCUUUUUAGGAGACGUACGUAAGCCAGAGGAACUAGUUUAUAAAUCUCUCGAGUUUCCACGCCCCAUUCACAGGCUGAAGUAUCAUCCAAAGAGAAAUUGGUUGGCUGGUUGUUGCAACGACACAACGGUGAAGGUGCUGGACACAUCUCAACAACUAUCCCUCCUCCUCGAGAAUAAUUCACACACUGAUUUCGUUCGGGGCCUGGCCUGGACCAAGGACGAACUCCUCACCUGCUCGUGGGACAGUACCAUCCAGAGACACAGUCUGACCCCCAAGAACUAACGAAAACACCUCCAUAAACUCGAUAAAAUUAUUCUUUUCAUCAUUCACCCAGCAAUUGUACAAUUCCCCGACUACACAUCAAUCAAUUGUGCUAUUACCACCAUUCCAUAUUUAGUUACAAUAGUUCAAAUGAAGUAAAUCAAUUAAAUAUAAAAUGAAGAAUUUGUUACGAAAUAGGGAUAAAAAG